ACAAAAUUUGUUUCCCAUUCGGUUGCAGAAAUUUGUAGUUACAUAUAGUUUUGAAUAAGUUAAUAAAAAUGAAUCGUUUAAUGAAUAUAACACUGCUUAAAAUAGGCGAUAUGCCUUUGAGCCGCAUGGCAUACAGCAAAAAGGACGAUCCUUGCAAAAAGGAAGACCCAUGUGCCAAAAAGGAGGACCCAUGCAAAAAGGAGGAUCCCUGCGAAAAGAAGGACGAUGCUUCCAAGAAGAAGGGGGACGGUGGUGUCUGUGGUCGAAAGCAGGAACCCUCUGGUCCGAAAUGCAAAGACGGCAAGCCAGGGGGCAAAAAGUAAGCUGACCAAAUGGCGCCUGUGGCAGCUCUAAGCAUUCCACAUACAGCGCCUAAUGACCCAACAAAUUGCCAUAUUGUUGCUGCUGCGAGUGCAGUGGCGAGAGCGGGCAAGGGGCAAAGAUGAAUCAGCGCUUAUUUUACAGCUGCCUGAGCAAACAGAGAUCAUAAAACCGAAAACGCACAGACAUUAUAAAGUCAUAAAGCAACAAGUAAAAUGGGCAACAAAAAAGAUAUAUAGCGACUAAAGGAAAAAAACAGCGUGAUAAAAGUCGGCAUACGCUAUCUUGUGAAUUUCCAUGGACAAUUUUAUGGCUGGCCCCAUACUAGCCCCUUGGCAUCUGGUACUGCUGCUGCUACUACUUGUAGUAAUAUAUUCUCAAACUUUUCGAUUGGAAAUAAGUGCAAAUUACCGGAAAAUAUAUACAUAUAGUACUAGAGACCUUUUUGAAAA